AUGGAGAAGAGGAAGAGCAUGGAGUGGGAGCAAAAGACUCUAACCAGUGAGCUAACCCAAGGGAAGGAGCUGGCAAAGCAGCUUAUGAACUAUCUUCACCCUUCUGCAUCCCAAGAAAAAAGAGACUUUCUGAUUUCAAAAAUACUAUUUUCCUAUGAAAAGGCACUCUCACUGCUCAAAAGGGAUGUUGGUUCUGAUGGAGAGUCUAACCACAUCCCUAACACCAUGUUGGAAUCACCUACUUCAUUUGGCAAUGGCAGCCCAAUGAGUGAGAUCUCUGACCAAGAUUGCAAGAACAAAAAUGUCUUCAAGAAAAGGAAAACAAUGCCCAGGUGGACUGAAGAAGUGAAGGUUUGCUCUGGAACAGGGCUAGAUGGGAGUCUUGAUGAUGGCUACAGUUGGAGAAAAUAUGGCCAAAAGGAUAUCCUUGGAGCUACCUAUCCAAGAGGCUACUACAGAUGCACACAUCGCGGCACGCAGGGUUGUUUAGCCACCAAGCAAGUUCAAAAGGCAGAUGCAGACCCAUCAACCAUGGUGGUAACCUACAGAGGAGAACAUACUUGUAGCCAAGUCCUUCAGUUAGCCAGGUCAUCAGCAUUAUCCCUAGCUAAACAAGCUUCAACAGGAAAUCAAAAUGCAACCCGAGAAGCAGAAAAACCGAAAGCAUCACAAGAGAUGUCUUUCAGUUUUGGGGCAGGGCUUAGAGUUAAAACUGAGGAUUUGGACACAAGGGAAGAUGAUAUAUUUCCAUCAUUUUCCUUCCCUUCUACACCAAUUGAACCUGAAAAUGUCGGAGACCAUAUUUUCUGUGCAACUUUGAUGGAGAAUGAUUUGAUGGAUGGCUAUUCUCCCACAUUUGCAUCUCCAGCAGCAACAUUUGAACCAGACUACUUGCAGGCCACGAGCAGUUUUGGACUUGGCCUUGAUUAUGUGCAGACUUCAGAAUCUGGUCUCAGUGAGAUCAUCUCAGCCCCAACUUCAGUGACCAACUCACCAAUUGGGGAUUUUGGUUUCUCACUUGAUGAUUUGGAUUUUCACCAUUUUGAAAACCCAGAAAGUUUUGCUUACGAGUCAUAA